AUGGCGUUCACUGUGAGCAACCAACAGCAACUCUUGUCUAAAAUGGCAACUGGAAAUGGGCAUGGUGAAAACUCUCCAUACUUUGAUGGCUGGAAGGCCUAUGAUAGUAAUCCCUUUCAUCCCACCAAGAACCCUAAUGGGGUUAUCCAGAUGGGUCUUGCAGAAAAUCAACUAUGCUUUGAUUUGAUUGAAGAGUGGGUUUUGAAGAACCCAGAAGCCUCCAUUUGCACAGUAGCAGGAGUAAAUGAGUUCAAAGACAUAGCUAUCUUUCAGGACUAUCAUGGAUUGCCAGAAUUCAGAAAUGCUGUUGCAAAUUUCAUGGGAAAAGCGAGAGGAAAUCGAGUCACCUUUGACCCCGACCGGAUUGUUAUGAGUGGAGGCGCAACCGGAGCUCAUGAGAUGAUAGCCUUCUGCUUGGCUGAUCCUGGGGAUGCAUUUCUGGUGCCGGUUCCUUAUUAUCCAGGUUUCGAUCGAGAUCUUGGAUGGCGAACGGGGGUGCAACUUAUUCCAGUUGCUUGUGAAAGCUCCAACAGUUUCAAAGUCACCAGAGCAGCCUUGGAGGCUGCCUAUGAGAAAGCUCAAAAGGAUAACAUCAGAGUAAAGGGCUUGCUGAUCACCAAUCCUUCAAACCCCUUGGGCACUGUCCUAGACAGAGAGACUCUAAGAAGCCUAGUGGCCUUCAUCAAUGAAAAGAAAAUCCACCUGGUGUGUGAUGAAAUAUAUGCUGCCACUGUCUUCAGCCAGCCAAGCUUCAUAAGCAUUGCAGAAAUCAUAGAGGAAGAUAUCGAAUGCGACCGCAACCUUGUUCACAUUGUCUACAGCCUCUCAAAGGACAUGGGGUUCCCUGGCUUCAGAGUUGGCAUUGUGUAUUCUUACAAUGACGCGGUGGUAAAUUGCGCAAGAAAAAUGUCAAGCUUCGGCUUAGUCUCUACGCAAACUCAACAUCUGAUCGCAUCCAUGCUUUCAGACAAUGAUUUUGUGGACAGAUUUAUUGCACAGAGUGCUAAAAGGCUGAAAGCAAGGCACAUGCGCUUCACUAUGGGACUUGCUCAAGUAGGCACAAGUUGUUUGAAGAGCAAUGGUGGGCUCUUUGUAUGGAUGGACUUGCACAAGCUCCUCAAGGAGCAGACAUUUGAAGCUGAGAUGGCGUUGUGGCACACGAUAAUCCAUGAAGUUAAGCUCAAUGUGUCACCAGGUUCUUCUUUCCAUUGCCCUGAACCAGGCUGGUUCAGAGUUUGCUUUGCCAACAUGGAUGACAAGACCAUGGAAAUUGCUUUAACUCGAAUCCGAACCUUCGUGCUACAAGAUAAGGAGGCUGUGGCGCCAAGGAAGAACAACAGGGUCUGGCAAAGCAACCUCAGGCUCAGCUUCCAAUCACGACGAAUGGAUGACAUCAUGAUGUCGCCGUGCAUGAUGUCGCCUCAAUCGCCUCUGGUUCGAGCCAUGACUUAA